AUGUUUGCCACUCGCCAGAUCUCCUCCAUCGCCAAGCGCGCCUUCUCCACCUCGGCCUCCUCGAACGCGGCCAAGGUCGCUGUCCUCGGUGCUGCCGGUGGUAUUGGCCAGCCCUUGUCGCUCCUCCUCAAGCAGUCGUCUUUGAUCUCCCACCUCUCCCUCUACGACAUUGUCAACACCCCCGGUGUUGCUGCUGAUUUGAGCCAUAUCAACUCUGACUCCAAGGUCACUGGCCACGUUCCCGAUAACAACGGUCUCAAGGAGGCCCUCACUGGCUGUGAUGUCGUUGUCAUCCCUGCUGGUGUUCCCCGCAAGCCCGGCAUGACCCGCGACGAUCUCUUCAACACCAACGCCUCGAUCGUCCGUGAUUUGGCCUCUGCCUGUGCCCAGCACUGCCCCAAGGCCCACAUCUUGGUCAUUGCCAACCCUGUCAACUCGACUGUCCCCAUCGUUGCUGAGGUUUUCAAGAAGGCUGGCGUCUUUGACCCCAAGAGACUUUUCGGUGUCACCACCCUCGAUGUUGUCCGUGCUUCUCGCUUCGUCUCUGAGGUCAAGAAUGUCUCGACCGAGGAUGCCAAGAUCACCGUUAUUGGUGGUCACUCUGGUGUCACCAUCGUUCCCCUGCUUUCCCAGUCCGGCCACAGCUUCACUGAGGAGGAGGUCAAGGCCUUGACCCACCGCAUCCAGUUCGGUGGUGACGAGGUCGUCAAGGCCAAGAACGGCACUGGUUCCGCCACCCUCUCCAUGGCCUUCGCCGGUGCCCGCUUCACCAACUCUCUUCUCGAGGCUACCGUUGCCGGCAAGAAGGGCAUUGUUGAGCCUACCUUCGUCAAGUCCGAUGUCUUUGCCAAGGAGGGUGUUGAGUUCUUUGCUACCAACGUCGAGCUCGGCACUGAGGGUGUUGAGAAGAUCCACCCCGUCGGCAAGGUCAACCAGUACGAGCAGGGUCUCAUUGAUGCUGCCAUCCCCGAGCUCAAGGGCAACAUCAGCAAGGGCAAGGCUUUCAUCAACAAGGCUUAA